ACAACUCCGACUAGGAAUUCAAUCCACCAGAAUCGGUCUGCUACGACUCUGCUUUGUGACAGCUUUCAGGAGCCGACUCGCGAUUAUCAAAACCGAAGCGAAAAAAAGUCUGUCGUCACAGUCAAACUGAUUCAAUUCAAUGCGAUAACUAGGACUGAUCUCCUCUCGCCCGCGGACUCUUCCUCCUCCAACCCAGACCUCAAAACCCGACCUUCGUACGUGGUGUGAGGAUAUAUCCCACCUUCAAACAUCAUGUCUCGACCUUCACCAAUCCGCACAAUGACAACCGCCCACUGCAUCCCCGAAGAACCACAAACCUCAUCAACCUCGGUUCCGUCCCUAUCCUACUCUUCCUCGUCGUCUUCCGAUGAGACGGAAGAGCUUCCUCGCCCACGUCGGGCCUCCACAAUACUCAUUUCGCAGAAUGCCGCAGACGUAAGGAGGCUCAUUGGCGAGUCGGGCACCAAACUUGUCGAGAAAUGCUGUGGAGGGGGAUGUUGUAUGGCAAUAUUGAAGAGUGACGGUCUGACUUUCGAGCGCGUUCCCCUCCCCGACAACGACGCGUUCCGUGCUCUGCAAUUGAAGAUUGGACCGAUCCCUACAACACUGUCUAGUCUUCCAGAUGUACCAGCGCAGACUGUUCAUAUCUCUUCAAUCAAGCAGGGCACUGCUUUGCCACCCGUGGCGGAAUUGAAGAUCUCGGCUGGAGAGGAGGCCAAAGAUGCUGCUAUCGAUUUCACCCCCCACCUUACAACGGAGACCACUGAACUCGAUACCACUAUCCACCCACCUCGGUUCGUUCAACCGCAUCCUCCUUAUGAUGUUUACUCGGCUCGCAUUUACAAUACCCGUGAACUUACCAAGCCUGGAGCGGAGAAGAGAACAUAUCAUUUCGACUUAGAUGUUACGGACUAUCCAGAGGAGUCAGGUGUAGACUUCAAGGUUGGAGGCGCUAUUGGCAUGGUUGCUCCAAACGAUGCUGCUAUCGUCGAUGAGCUCCUGGAUCUUCUCCUCGUCCCUCGCUACCUCCGUGACCGAAACAUCCUCCUCAAGACAGACGGUGGAAGAUGGCCAACAGUCUGGGGCGACGAGCAGCCUAGAGAAUUGACAACAACCCGACGAGACCUCCUAACCUGGUGCAGCGACAUCCAAUCCUACCCACCAACUAAACCCCUCCUCCGCCUCCUCGCCGAAUACGCCUCCGACCCAAACGAGAAGAAGAUCCUCCUCUUUCUCUGCUCCGCCGAAGGCCAAGGCGUGUUCUGCGACUUCCGCACCGGCCCAUACAUCACCAUGAACCAGCUCCUCCACGCCUUCCCCUCCUCCAAACCCCCCCUCGACCACCUCCUCUCCCAGCUCCGACAACUCAUGCCCCGCUUCUACAGCAUGUCCAACGACCCACACGAGAACUGCGUCUACACAGCCGGCUGCCGGCGCCUCAUCGAGAUCGCCGUCACCGUCCACGAGACGCCCAACUGGAAAGGCGGUCCCCGCACCGGCGUCGGAUCAGGCUUCUUCGAGCGUCAAGCCCAGAAGUUCCUCGAGGCCGAGAAGCGAGGCGAGAAGAAGAUCGACCUCCGAGUCCCCAUAUUCAAGGGCCUCAUGGCCAACCCUCUCGCCAAGGAAUUCGUCUCCGAUGGUCCUAUGCUACUCAUCGGCGCUGGGGUGGGCGUUGCUCCCUUCAGAGGAUUCGUGCAGCGCAGACUCAAGAACGCGAACUGUGCGAACAAAGUCUGGGUUCUGCAGGGUGUUCGCGAUUCCCUCCUCGACGAGCUGUAUUCUGGUGAAUGGGGCGUUCACGAGUCGGAAGUCAAGAAGGUUGUCCAGUCAAGGAAACACACCGGAAAGGGGAAAUACGUGCAAGAUGAGGUCCGCGCGCAAGCCGACCUGGUCUGGUUCAUCAUCAAUGCUCUUGACGGCCGUGUGUUCGUCUGUGGAAGUAGCAAGGGCAUGGGAGAGGGUGUUGAGGCCGCUUUGAUCGACGCGGUCAUGGCUAAGGGUAAUCUGAGCAGGGAGGAGGCCGUCAAGUUUUGGAAGCUGAAGGGUGAGGCUGGUCAGUAUAUUGCCGAGACGUGGUAGAUGUAUAUACUGCAGUCGUUUCACUUUUAAUUGUACAUAAGCGACGAAAGCAACAGCGCUUGUAAUUAUGGGGCCUGUUUACCUGCUGUUUUAUCAUAGGCGAUAGGCGACAGGCAUGGCGUUCUGGGGGGGGGGGUUUUUUGGAUUAUUAGGUUUGGGUGGACUUCUUCAUUUUUUUUAUUUUUUCCAGGAGAAUGGAGUUGAGACGGGAUGAUAUGGGUAGGGCAUGGUACGGUGGCAGUUGCAGGAAAAACAAACAAAUGAAUAAGCGAGCGAGCAAUCGUACUAGGAUGGAUGGAUGGAUGAAUACCUUUAGAUAAGGGAGGACAUACAUACAGACAAAAUAUAUAAGCAAUCAAUUGAAUUGGACGAG